AUGGGCAUACCAAUAAUGAUAUGUAGCAUUGAAGAUAUGGAUGGUGAUGACUACUCUUGGCUAGAUAACGAUGAGGCAAAGAGCUACUUGCGCGAGUUGUUUAACCGUGGCGAGGAUCCGAGGACUGAUUACAAUGUCCUGUGUAGCUCAAUCAACGACAUUUACCUGUCGAUCCUUAGGAUUCGUGAGGAGAUGACGAACUCGUACAACGUCCUCCUCACGUGCGUUGACUUGCUUAAAAAGUAUGUCAACACCAACUGCGACAAUAGUGAGGACGAAAUGGCUCUGGAAUCUUCCACUUCAACUACUUUCAGGGGCAACCAACUGGACGAAGUGUCUGAAGGACUCAAUGACUCUCUAGGUGAAGACCCUCAGUAUUCUUUCCCUCUGGCCUCUUGUGUGAAGUGUUCCUGUCUCAUUAAGAUUGUUGUCAACCAUGCUGUGGCUGGGCUUUACAUUGGUAAGAAUGGCGCUCAUCUAAAGAGCCUUCAAAGUAAGUACCAGUUCAAGCUCACUCAAUCUGGUCGCGGCGCUAAGGGCGAUUUUACUGGCGUGGGCUAUCCCUGUCAUAGGACAAACACGACACUUCUUUUCCAGGGGAAUUUGGUAGACAUUUUACAGGGUCUUAGGCCUCUUUACAAGAUUAUUCAAAGCGAUAUUUUGGCUCUCGACGAAAAGUCUAUGGCGUUCCUCAGUGGACGCACUCUCAAGGUGAAGUUUGAGUUGAAUCUCGUUGUUCCUGCUGACAGGAAGCGCAUUUUACUUCAGGACACUGGACGUAGGUGUAUGCAGCUUAGAAACGCUUCUGGAGUUGAAAUUAUUGCUGGUAAGCAGAACUUUGAGGUUGGCAAUAUUAAGGAGAGCAUUGUUACUCUCUUUGGGUUUGAGGAGAAUGUUGAGAGGGCUAUGGAAUGGCUGGGUAUUUUUCUCCAGGAGAGUCCUGCUAUAACUUCUGGCGAUUACUACUUUAUGGAUUAUCCCAAAUACACCACUGCAAUUCCCGAAACCAACAGAUCUUAA